GGGUGUCAGCCUGGGAGUCAUGACAGUUUUUCCAGAGUUCAAAAAUAUUGAAAUUGACUAAAAAAGGAACAUAUCAGAGAACCCUGUUUAAAUGCUCACAAUACCAACUUUUCAUUUCUGUUUCCAGCUCCUCUGGAUCGGAUGGUAUGAUGAUGUGAACAGCUGGAGGUGGUCCAUGUCAGACCCAAACUUCUACCAACAUGAUGAGACGUUCAGACUCUGGGUACCCGGAGAACCGAAUAACUAUGCAGGAAUAGGAGAGAGUUGUGCUAAGAUUAGGACUACAGGGCAGUGGGGUGACUUUAUUUGCUCUUCCACUGAAUAUUUCAUCUGCUUUAAUGUCAACGCGUUCAUCUUCAUCAGCACCAAAAAGAACUGGACCGAUGCUCAGAGCUACUGCAGACAGCACCACACCGACCUGGCCAGCGUGAGGAACCUGUCAGAGAACCAGCAGGUGAAGCAGCUGAUCACAUCAGGACAAGCUGCCUGGAUCGGUCUGUACAGAGACACCUGGAAGUGGUCGGACGGAAGCAACUCUUCGUUUACGUACUGGAGGAGCGGGGAACCCAACGGCGGCACGGAGAACUGCGGUGCAGCGAACCUCGACGUGUCUGGAGGAUGGGAGGACACGGGAUGUGAAAAGAAGAAUUAUUUUGUUUGCUACAGCGGUGAGUCACCAUCCGCAGUGUUUUACUGAUAUUUACUGUGAUAUAUUCUGUUUGUCUUUUUAUUUAUGUCAACAUGAUUAUUUAAGAACAUUCUCACAUCGAGGCCGAUCAGAAACUUCUAAAGUGUGUAAAAUAACAUUCAAAGAACAUUUAUUGUGCAAAACAUCAA